GCAGCGCGCGCUCGGAGCGCACGUGUACUGUAUUAUCGCGUCGCGUCUCUACAUUUAUUUUGUUAUUUCGAUUUCCGUUAUUAACCGAAUAUACUGCAUCCACGUUCAUAUUGACUGUGUCAAAUUCGAAACGUCAAUUCUAUUUUCGAAUUUGGAACGCUGUGUUUGUUUGUAAACAGUGAUGGGGUGAUUUUAUAUUUGGAAUACUUUCCGACUUACGCCCCGGGCAUAGACAAGUUUUGAGUUUUUGAAGUGAUUUUGACGAAUAAACUACAGUGAAAUUUGUGGUUCGGAAGGAAAUUUUAUUUUUGUUUUGUGCCAGUGAUGUGAUUUAGUGAUUAUCUUCAAUAUGUUUGGAGUUUUCAUUCGGAGGUGGAAACCAAAAAGAGGAUCGAACAACGAAAGAAACGAGAGUCCCGGCACUGACGAUGGCAGUGUUUCUCCAGAGCCACCUGACCGACCGCCCGGGAAAGUGCGUCAAAUCCACCCCGAAGACAAAGCUCAAUUCCUCGCUUACGAUUCUACAUACCGUAAAAAACCAAAGCCCAAAUCUCUUCCUCUAGAAGACAAUCAGAUGUACAGUCAUUUAGCUAAUACAAAUGUAGCCAUGUCACCCAUGUAUCCCCUCACGCCGAAUAUUUGCGUGGAAGGAGGGAAGAUUGAGUUCAUAAAGUCGCCACCAGGGAGCGCUAGGAGUAGCGUUGCGCUAGUGUCGCCGCCGCAAACACCGGUUGUUAUGCGGCGCACCUCGCGGGAGAAACGUGAAGUUCGGUGCAGCGAUGAACAGGUCGAGAAGUUCGACGGUGAUAAGGAACUUCUGGAGAAGCGUAUAAAGCAGCUGGAAGCUCAGCUGGAAGAGGAGAAGCGGCGUACGCAACGUGAGCGUAUGGCCGUCACCAAACUUCAGAACAAGUUAAUCAAGCGUGAGGGAGCGGCGCGCAGCGAUGCGGAGCGCGAGAGGCGCGCGCGCGGCGACUGGGAGGCGCGGGCGCGCGGCGCCGAAGAGGAUGCGGCGCGGCUCGCCGGCAAGCUGCACGCCGCGCAACGAGAGAUCGCCAGAAUGGAGGAGACAGUCCGAUCUCUGCUUCAAUACAAGAGCCGCGUGGAAAUACUGAAGCAAGAAAAAGCCUCCUUAUCAUCAGCUCUUGAGACAUCGGCGGCGCAGUACCAGGGCCAGGUGGCAGCACUGAGCGCAGAGAACGAGCGGCUGCGGCGUCAACUGAGCGCACUGGCCGCACCGGAACCCGCACUCGGCGAACAGGAACGCCGGCUGGACGAUGUUGCACAGCAAGUUGUACGAGCGCUCCUCUCACAAAAGAGCGUACGAGAAGAGUUGUGCUGCGCACGGGCCCGUGUGCGUGAGUUGGAGGCGCAGAACCGCGCGCUGAGUGGCCUGCUGGUGCGUCAGCUGCGCCCGCAGCCGCGGCCUUCACCCGCCUCACCGCACACCCCGCACUCACCGCACACGCCACACACGCCCCACACGCACACUACGCUUACACCAAGGGAUUUACAAGUGCACGUAGUUGAGGUGGGAUCGUGCGGGUCGCUGGUGUCGUUCCGCGAUUCCCCCCCGCCGCCCGCCGUUCACCCUCACCCACACGCCCUCAGCCACGACGACAAGCGCCGCCACCAGAUCCUAGCUGACAUCUGGACCGAACUCAAGGGGCUGGAGGUGAGCCCUGGGAACUUGGCGCGCGCGCUGGCGGCCGUGGAGCCCGCGCUGUGGGCGCCGCCCGCACGUCCGGCCACGCUCAGUCUCAACAUGCCGCAACCCUGCACCCACCCCGUCAACGGUGGUUGCGAGGAGAAAGCAACAGAAGAAGAGAGCGGCGAAGUGGGUGAAGUUGGGGCGGAGUCUCCCGAGAGCGGCGCCAAAGACGAGGGAUAUUCCACAAUGUCUAGCGAUGUGCAGGCGGACGCCUCGCGUCAGAGCGACCACGCGCCCGACCGCGCCUUGCCUGACCUUAACGAAGCCUCCGACGAGACCGACAAUCAGACCAUAGUUUCCAUCAACCCGCGGGAAUCCAGACGGCACGCUCGCCUUCUGGCAGACGCUGACUACAUAUAUUUCCCGCUGGGCGUCGCGUUUGCCGGAGUCAGAGGAAGCUACCCACCCUCGCGACCCGUCCUUCCUUUUCAACAUGUCGUGAGGAGCUUCUCUGACUCUCAUCUCUGCCUCAAACUAAUAGCGGGAACGACUUGUCCAACCAGUUGUCUUGAUACCCCCACGCCGAGCUCGGGCGUUCUAGUAUUAGAUCUGAAACCGGCACCGGAAAGACCUUUGAGAAGACCGGCGAUAGCUUCUACCACGAGUUCGGAGAGAGUUUCUUGGGGCAGCACAGUUGACGACCGAGCUGAUGGUUCACAGUACGAUGCGGACUAUGUGCAGCAUUGGCUGGAGCUCGACGACGCCAGAUCAGCGCUCCAGCAAAGACAUCGAGAUCUGGCCGAGUUGGAAUACGAUAGAGCGGAGUUAGAAGACUGGAGCUUGUCGUUGUCGUGCGAAGAUCUCAGAGAUAGACAAUCUCCUUUUGCCGAAAUUACGACACCCGGUCAAAUAUCACUUUCAACGCUACCAAGUAUUAGAGAAGACGAUGGCUUAGAGCUAGAGGAAGAUGUCGGAGAUUGUUUAUGGAACGAUUGCGGAUUCGCGACGGUAGAAAUAGAUGAAUGUAAAAUGACCGAUGCGGAAAACGCGGAGAAGCGGUGGGAGUGCUCCGGAACACAUUCCCCGGGAGGGUCCUGGUCCAGUGCCUCGGAUGCUCCGGAAAAACGAUCCAGUACGGCGCUGAGCGAGGACGGUGACUGCACCAAUAUCGGUGUCGAUUUUACAAGAGAUUUCUACCGUCUAGUUAAAUACGAAAGCACAAAAAGUCUGGCGUCCAACUCAUCCAGAGGUAUUCCGUCGCAAGAUCCGAGCAGUCAUCUGCGAAUACACGACGUGCAAGCUAUGGCGCUGCAGGACCGUGAACAGGCGUUACAAAACGUUCUACAUUUCAUAGCGGAACAGCAAAAGUACUGUCGCGACAGGGAAGAGUCCGAUUCGAUGUCGUCCCGGCCCGUGUCGGAGAUCCGCGAGCUGCCUCCGCCAUACGCUUCGGCAGAUUACGAUGACGAUUCCGUGGGCCCGCGCAGCGAGGUGUCAGAGGAUAGACUCCGGCCAGAUUCUUUCGGCAGUUUCUCAGAAAACGAUUCCAGUGAAAUGAUCUCUAGUGAAAGACCAAAAAUAGCAUUCUGUGACGUCGUUUCCGAGGCAAAGUGUACGCCGCGAUUCAUCGAACGGGAAGACCCCUAUGUGGAGUCUCAGGAUUAUUUCGAUAAUUUCUCUCAAGUGGAAAACGCCGAAAACGAGGUCGAUGACCAUCAUCUACUUAAGGUACAGAUAAAGAAUGAAAUAAACAAAUGCAUCGACACGAGCAACUCGUCCGAUUUAAAUCAGCCCCUAGCACAAAAAGAGGAGAAAACUUGUGAUAUCGAAUCUAGUCGUAAUGUAGACCACAAUUCGGCGUUAAAAGAAAAUACAGUAAAUAUAAUGUCGAACAAACAAGUCACACUGUGCGAAAGAGAAGUGGAAACUUGUUUGAGCAAAUCCUCUAGUUUUCCCCUGGCGAGCGGGGAAACGGAGAUAUCGUUAGUUGAGGAGGUGUUCAAUGCAUGUAGGCGGAGCACCGGCUUGCUGGUCCCCGUGCCCGAGGAGGAGGAGGGCUCCUCGCCCGAGACUGGCUCGCCGCAGAUGACCGAGUCGAACACAACGAGCACAUCCACUGCUGAAACUGUGAUAGUAAGUAAUAGGACCGACGGAACCCAGAGGGAGAUCAGACCUCGGGUGGAUAGGAGUCGUAUCCCCACAUUUCUCGGGGGAAAAAGGCAGCCAUUGUCGCCGCACAGGACAAGGUCGAAGAUCCCCGUCGCUGAGAGGGCUAGGGCAAGUACGAUGCCGGUACCUGUACCCGAACCUAUCAUCGUCAAGCAGGAGCACACGCUCAGCUUCCACGAAGCCGCCACCUCGAAAGAUGUCAUCGAUGAACUUAACAGAAUGAUCCGGCAGAGCGAAGGACCGCCGGCGGCCAGGGGCAGCGGCGAGGAAAGCGGAGACAGUGGUGAGAGCGGGGAAGGCGGAGAGAGCGGAGAAAGUGCAGAGGGCGGCAAGGACGGCGCGCUUUGGGCGCCCACCGGCUGGGUGCACGUUGAGAAAGAUAUUGACUUCAGUGACCCUAAGGCUCGGGCGAAUCUUUUGGACGUUAUGUUGGCGUCGAGCGACUCGUCGCCGUCGUCAUGCGGGUCGUCGCCGGCGGAGCCCCCCGCAGUCCCCGCGCCUGCCGCGCCCUACUCCCGCCUGCACAGGUUGCAUCGCUCUCGGAGGCAGAAAACUGCGGCGGCGCUGCGCGUGCGGCUGGCCGUGCUGCGGCCACCGCGCCGCCGCCGCCCCUCCGUGCUGGGCCGCGACGGCUUCUUCGUGCGCUACGGCGACCGCGAACGCGCCGCCGUCGCCGCCUUUGACUUCCUCGACGACCUCUCCGGCUCCGGCGGAUCCUCCCCGGACACCAAAGACUGUACCUAAAUUAUGUAGCAAUAAAUGCCUCCCAAAUAAACUAUAUUUUUUUAUUGUGAUAUGGACGCGAUCGCUUUCUCCUCGCACGGGCGGGGCUGCGCAGGAUCACCGGUGCGGGGUGCCGCUCCCGUACCUUCAGUGGCGCUUAUAAAACGGUUAGCCGAAUAGUUUUUACUUAGUGUAGCGUUUUGUAACCGUAUCCGUAAGCCGCGUCUGUCCGGCUGCAGCUUUUCCGGCGGCCUCGUGUAAUCUUUUCGAGUUUAGUAUUUUAGGUGUCCUAGUUGUUUCGAUUUGUACUAUUCGCUAUGAUGAGCACCUAGGCUAUAACGUUCUUCCUAAAUUCCAUUUAGUAGUUUGGGGAGAUAUAUGUAGAGAUCGUUGCGAGGGCGUCGUAUUUUAUAAAAGGAACUGUUCCUUUGAUUUCUGAAUCUCGAACCUGAAGCCUUGCACAUUGUACCAACUCUUGUAUUAUCGGGAUGUAGUCUAUGUAUACUUUGCGCUUUCUGUAACCGAAGUGUUGGUAUAUUCAACGUGAUCCGGUCGACUGCUGACUGCGAUGUCUAAGCUUACGCUUCGAACCACAAAACGUGUGUUAGGUAAGAAGACGAAAUAAGUAAUGACUAAGUAAUUAAAAGCUGCGGCCUCGAAGUAAUGUGAUAUUUUUGUAUAUACUGUAAGUCCCACUUAUUUUCGUAUACAUUUAAAUGGAUUCCUUUCUAACAGAAUGAAGUAACUGAUGGUCCUAGAGUGAAAUGUGUUUGCGUUUUGAAUAAGCCCGGUCGUGCGUCGAGACGAGUUUUGACUAGAGUCGCGCGACCGGAUCGCAGAAUGUAACAUUAAGUACUUAUGUAAAUAUGGACGAUUAACAUUUAUGUGUAACUACAUUUAAUUAUUAUAUUAGUCGUAAUCUAAAACAAUCGAUAACCUUAUAAAAUCCAUUAAAUCGAAGGGUACUAAAAUAUGAUAAGUGUAUAUAUGUUAUGACGUCAUUGAAUGCUAUUUAUUGAUUUAUAUCAGUUGCGAUUCUUCGACCAUUUGUGUAUACUUAGGUACAUAUCAUCAUCUAAUAUUAUUUUUAGUCUUUAUAUUUUCUCGCUUCAAGUAACGACUUUAGUUUUCAUUGACGAAGUAAGUCCAUUUAUUUUUAUUUUUAAAUCUGUUGAAAUUAUUUUACUAUUACCAAAAGUUUUACUUUUCUUAUUCUUGAUUUAAUUUCUAGUCGUUACUUGUAGUGAGAAACUGUCUUAUAGUUUGCAUAUUGUAAUUCCAUUUAUUACGGUUAUGAACCUUGAGUCAAUUUUUUGUGGCUUGUAAACAUUGUAUAGAUUCUAGAAAUGGCGGAACCAAAGCAAUUUAACACAACUUUGCCACCACUUGUUACGAUGAAACACAACAUGUAUUUUAUCUUUUUUUUAAUAUUAAAAAGAUUUCUUUGUAAACCAGCUUUGUUUAAUGGUAAUAAUGAGGACAAUAAAGGAAGAUUUUUUACAUAAUAAUUAAUAAUAAACAAAACGACUUGAUCGAUAUCUAAAAUAUAGUACUUAUAGACGACAUAUAACUAUGAUUUAUAUUUAAAUUGGAACAAUGUAACCACGUCCUUUACGUUCGGAUACACGCAUAUGACAAUGACAAUUAUAGUUUAAAAAAAAAUUAAAAACUUAAGUUUUCCUGAUCUGAACAUACAAACCCAUCUCGUUUUUUUUUUAUAAUCAUUGCAUCGUGUAUAUCCGAACGUAUUCAUUAGUUUGAUAAUAUACAGAUUGUAACUAUUUUUAAAUUCACUGUAUAAUUAACAAUUAAUUAAAGAUCGUAAUUGUUCCUAAGAACUAAUCGUUCAUUCCUGUAUUUUAGGCAUUUUAUUGAACAUUCACAUGUAAACCAAAUGACAUGUUAUUGUUUAAAAUAGUACUUCUGUAUUAUGAUAUUGUAUUCGAUUUAUUAAGGAUACUGUGAACGGUAACUACCACUGAGUUUCGAAGCACAAUUGGAAAAAUAAAACAUAGUAAUUAAAAUGAAACGCGUAUUAAUUGUAAUCCUUUUGGUAUUGGGUGCAUUUGUUAGUUGAUUCUAACAUAAGGUAAUAAGUAAUACUUGAGUUAGGUAGGUACUUUGAUCAGUACAAAAUGUAGUGACAUUAUAAUUUAAUUAUCUAUAACAGAUGGGUUUAAUAAACGAUUCC